AUGGAUUCUGGAUUGGAUGAGGAACCUAGUGGAGCAUCAGAUUCAACAGUUUUGAAGAGAAACUGGAAAGAUGUUGCUUGGGAAUAUGGAAUGUUGUCUGAUUCGAAGAAUCUUGACAAAGUUAAAUGCAAAUUGUGUGGGAAAGAAUUUUUAGGAGGUGCUUACAGGAUAAAAGAACACAUUGCCAAAAUUCCUGGAAACGUUUCUGCUUGUCCAAGAUCAUCAAAGGAUGAUCAAGAGAAAUGCAAGAAUGCUAUCGAGGAAGCAAAGAAGAAGAAGAAGAAGAAGGUAACUCUAGAUGAUGAGCUGCGGCAAACAGUUAAUGUUCAUGGCAGUGGAGAUAUGGAUGAUGUGAUUGAACUUGAAGAAAUGGGUUCAAGAAAGAUGCAAAGGACACUUGGUCCAAUGGAUAAGUUUGCAACAAACAUCAAUCCAGAAUCUAGACCUCUUCCAACUAGGCAACAAAAUAUCAAUGAUGCUCUUUGGAAAGAGAAGCUACAGAAGGUUCAGCAAUAUAUUGCUAGGUGGGUGUACGCUUCAGGUGUUCCUUUCAAUACUAUAGCAAACGAUGAGUUUAAGCUAAUGGCUGAAGCUAUAAGACAAUUUGGUCCAAGAGUCACACCACCAAGUCAACACCAACUUCGAGAGCCUUUACUUAAGGAAGAGGUUGAUAGAGUUCAUGGUUUGCUGAAACCACAAGAAGAAGAGUGGAAGAAGAAUGGGUGCACGGUGAUGACAGAUGCUUGGUCUGAUCGAAAGAGGAGAAGUAUCAUGAAUCUAUGUGUUAAUUACAAAGGAGGUACAAUGUUUCGCUCAUGUAAAGAUAGUUCAGAUGAGGCUCAUACAGGUGGAUAUAUUUCUGAGUAUGUCAAAGGCUGCAUUGAGGAGAUUGGUGAAGAGAAUGUAGUUCAAGUGGUUACUGAUAAUGCUGCUAACAAUAUGACUACGGCAAGAAUGAUGAAAGAGAUCAAGCCGAGUAUAUUUUGGACAUCAUGUGAGACUCACUUCAUCAAUUUGAUGCUUGAAAGCAUAUCAAAACUCACAAGGUUCAAAGGCACAAUUCAGAUGGCAAAAGACUUCACAAUCUUCAUAUAUGCUCACCAUAUGAUAUUGGCCUUGAUGAGAACAUUCACAAAUAGGACAGACAUUGUGAGACCUGGUGUUACUAGAUUUGCAUCAUCAUUUCUUACUUUGCAAAGUCUCUUGGACAAGAGGGAUCAACUAGCAGCCAUGUUUUCUAGCGGUGAGUGGAGAAACUGCAAAUGGUCAAAACAUUCCAAAGGAAUGAAGGCAUUUAACACAAUGAUGAGUGUUAAAUUUUGGAAUGAGGUGAUAAUGUGCUUGAAAGUUUUUGGACCAUUGGUCAAACUGCUUCGACUUGUUGAUGGAGAUAAGAAGCCUACAAUGGGAUUUCUGCAUGGAGAACUAAUAUAA